AUUGUGGACUCAACCGAAAGAAAGAAGUUGAUGAUCAUCAGCUGUUAACUGAAUUAAAUGCAUAUGGAAAAUGUUUUAAAGAUUUCAUUUUUUUCUAAUCGUGUUGCAAAAUUUAGUUAAAGAUUAUAAUGGGAAAGAGUAAACAGGCUCAGAGAACAAAGAACAAUGCCAGACCAUCCAAUAGCAGUCGUAGUGCUGAAUUUUUAGGAUCAACUGCGCAAAAUUUAGUUGGAUUUUCCUUAGUAAAAGAUACUGGUUUUUCUUCCUGCAGCAUUAUAAAAGAUGGAGGAGGAUGUCAUUCACUAUUUCCUACUGUCAGUAUUAGCACAAUCAGGGAUGUAGAUAUAAAAAGCAUUGAUCCGAAGUACUAUCUAGUGCUGAAAAAAAUGAAUAAAAAGGAUUCUACGACGAAAUGUAAAGCCUUACAGGAAUUUAUGGAGCUCUGUCGGGAAUCAGAACAAUCUUCAUUUGAGAGUUUUCUGCCCUUUUGGUCUCGACUUUAUGGACAAUUGGCUAACGAUAUAGAACACAAAGUGAGAGAAAUGACUCAAUUAUCUCACGCAAUAGUAGUGAAACGAGCUGGUAAACAUAUAGCAGUUCAUUUGAAGCAACUCGCAGGACCAUGGUUCACAUCUCAAUAUGACACUUAUGCUCCAGCAGCAUCAGCAGCUCUCAAUUCAUUCAAUGAAACUUUCCCGCCUAACAAAAUUAUCAGUGCAAUCAUUCACUGUCAGGAGGAGAUUUUGAAAUACAUUUUUGAGGCGAUAUCGAAUCAGCCACAAUUGCAAACCAACAAAUUGUCAUUAACUGCCGAAGAACUCGAGGCAAAACAUCAGAGAUUGAUAAUUUCGUGUUUACAGGCUUAUAGUUUUUAUCUAAAAGUCGUUCCUUCUUCUGAAAUUGAGAAAACCAUUGAGAUUCAUCACAUGAUUUUUGGGAAAAACAAUAAAAUCUGGAAACUGGGAAGUCACGAGAAUAUUACCAUUAAAACAUCCUUCUUCAAUGUGCUUUCGUCUGUGAUUCAAAAUGCAAUGGUGUUGAUUGAAAACGAAAAGAAACGAGUGAUGACGUUGAUUAUAAAUAAUCUCGACGUAAACGAUCCGGGACUUCUGUCAGCAAUUUGGGAGGCGAUGCUGAUUGCAGUAACUAAAUUAGAAAAUUGGUAUCAAGUAGUGAGUAUUGACAAGUUUCUUCUUCCGAAACUAUGGCGCACUUUGAAAAAUGGAAGUCAAUGCUGUCCGACUAUAAUGUAUCCUCAUUUAUUGCCAUUUCUUGGCCAAUUCCCGAAAUUUAAUCUCGAUUCAAAGGAACUGUUUCUCAAUUUUUUCACAAAUUUGCGAGAGGGUUUUACUAUGAAGAUGGGGAAGUUGACUUACUCCGAAACUCAUGCAAUCUUAACUUCAUUCGCGGAGUGUUUACGAUACGCUAUACUUAUCAAUUCAAAUGAUCAAGAACUUUGUCUGCGUCUUUUGCGAGAACAUUUUAUGCCAGUGAUAGAACUUUCCCUAGUUGAAAAUAUUCUUUACAGAAAGAUUUUAUUCUUCGAAAUCGCACAAUUAAUUCGAUACUGGACAAAAUUGUCUGUUGAAUGCGUCACUUAUUCUCAUUUAGUCGAUCAAUUCUGGUUGGAGCUGAAAAUAAUAUUUGAAAAACUUGAAACUCUGGGGGACGAGAAUUUUGAAGAAGGAAAGUCUUCCUCCCUUUUUGAUGUACAGAUCGAUUUUCUUCUUGCUGUAAAAAAUUGUACAAAUCCGAAACCUGUUAGAAAAGUAAAAUUCUCUGAUGAUGCAUCUAGCGAAAAUGAGACGACAACGAAAACUCCGACUCAAGAAGACGAUAAACUAUUUUUAAUUAGAUUCGAAAAUUUCAUUCACUCCCUUUCAAUAAUUUAUUUCCAGAGAAUAAAAUCCGAGUCACCGAAAAAUAUUCAUCGAUUUGUUAAAUUUGUUUUGAAUUUCGAGAGUGAAGAGCUUUUUAUUGUACUUUCAAAAACACUUAAAGAUGACGGUGACUUGAUGUCGUUUUAUCAAGUUAUAAAAACUUGGUUCAAUGGAGAUACGGAAGAGAUUCAAUCUUCAGUUCAAUUAGUUUUUAUCCUUCUGAAAUAUAUGGAAGAGUCGAAUCAAAAGCAAGUCUUAAACUCUUUACUCGAAUUAAAUAACAGCCAAGUUUUGAAAAAUGCAGUUUUAAGUGCUUUAUCAAAGCAAAAUAGAAACAAUAGGGCAAUUAAAUAUUGGUGCGCUAAUUUUGACAUUGGAUUAAUUAUCAAAGAUGUCGCCGAAUCGAUUUUAAAUUUUAAGUCCAAUGAAAUUGAAGCAAACAAGAAAAUGAUUCUUUUAGCUUUCGAAACAACUGAUGAUGGUAUUCCCUUAAUUUCUAGUGAAUCUAUCCACACUCUCGUAUUAACUUUAGUUUCUUCUAUUAACGAAUCCGAGACAAAUUCAAAAUCUCUAAGCGAAUUCAUUUCUCAAAUUCUUCAUCUUACAUGUGCCUAUAAAAAUCUUUCAGACCCAUCGCUUAUUGCCGCUGUUUCUUUGCUUCUCGAGAGCCUUUUUGAACUGAUCAUGAAAAGUAACAUGAAAACAGAAGAAUCAAUUUCAAUAAUUUGUAAACAAAAAAUUUCUCAAGUAUGUAGCAUUAUUCCUUAUGAAAACUUUUUAAGCCUCGUCAAAAAUUUGUCAAAUAUUCUAUGGAAGAAGAUAUUUGUUGAUUUCGAAGCUAUGAAUUCGAUAAAUAAUUCCGUAAUUGAAAUUGCGUCUUAUUUCAUAGAGUCAGUGAUAGAAAGUAGCGGAUAUUGUGAAACGGAAAGAAAUAAAGAAAUUAUCAAACUCUUCGUAACGACAGUGAAUUUAAAAAAUUGGAUGACUCAUUUUUCUGGACUUGUUCUUUACGCAGAAACUGUCACUGGAAAUCUUUAUACACCGUUUGAAAAAGUUUUUGAUAAAAAUACGAAAAACGAAGAAAUUCGAAUGUGGAAUGAGUUUAUUACCAUCGAAGUAAAAUCGAAUUUUAGUGAUUAUUCCGAGAAUUCUUUACAAUGGGCCCUAUUCACAAUGAAGGUAUUCAAUAAAUUACUUUUCCGAAUACACAAAGAAUAUCAAGAGUCAGAUUUAAAAUCCAUUGAAGACAUUGUUCUGGCAAAUCUUUUGGAAAUGUUCUUCAAUGUUUUCUACGUUUUCACCCUUGGCAAAAUCUAUCAGAAACAUUAUCAAUCAUCAAAGUACUACACCAGAGUGAAUUAUCUUCUAAAAGAGAUUUCGAGAGAAUUUAUCCCCUUCAAAGAUUACCUCACACACAACAUUUUAGGCAAAAUAGGAGAAUUUUUUGAAAAUAAUGUCUAUGAUAAAAUUCUUCCUCAUCUAUUACAUGUAUAUCACACAGAAUUCGAAGUUGACGUAACCCCUUCAAUGUACUUUAAAAAUUAUGAGAAUAUUCUUUCUUCGAAUGAUCAAUCCGAAGAUAAGCGAGUCUCUUUCAUUCGUGGAAUUCAAGUAUUACCCGAAUAUUUCGAAGAAGAAAAACUCUUAGGUUCGAUGAAUUUCGAAAAUUGCUCUUUAGUAGAAGUUCUAAUCAUUGCAAGAAGUAAAAUGACGAAUGCAGCAAAACUGAUUGAGAUAUUGGAUCAGGUGAUGAAGGAACGAAAUCCUUGUUUGUUCCUGUACAACAAAGUGAUUAUGGAGGCAUCUUCUGAUUUAUCACUGACUCUCGAAAUUGUAAAUAGCUUCACGAAAUUAGUGACAAUAGAUCCUGCAAAACUAACAACUGCUCAUUGGGACCUGAUAAUGACUUCUAUGGUGGAACUCGAGGUUUCCAUUCUUCAGACGUUAAACUGGUGUGAGGAAUUGAAACGUUAUCCUCUUCAUGUAUCAGCUCUCGUCAUUGCCAUCAGCAGACUUUAUUCUGCAGUUCAAAUUACGAUGAACAAUCACGAGACUAAUCCAGUUGAAGAAUUGCCGCCCGAGUUGAUAGACGAGUGGAAGAACGUUUUUCUCAUUCACGCUCAAGCUGGAAUUGCUCGAAUUUGGAUAAGUUUCAGCAAAACCAAGGAAGAUUUAACAGAACAAAAAAAAUCGUCAAAGGACACAGAAGGUACUUCAAAUCCAGUUCUUCUGAAUUCUUUAGGAAAUGCAGUGAAACUUCUGGACGGGACAAUAUUCUGCAAUCGAGAGAAAGAAGAAAUCGAAUCAAGAUUAAACACAUUGAGAGUUGACGAAGUGAUCUCAUCAUCCUUGAGUCUGUUAACGUCUUCAAAUCCAAAUCUACAGCUCGGCGCAUAUUAUAUGCUGAGACACAUAGUGCCGAUUUUGAUUGAGAGCGACAAGAUUUUAAUUCUCGACGAUAAUUUUGAUCCGAAAUCUCUAAAUUUAGUGAAAUUCGAACAUUUCCUGUCUGACGUUCAAAAUAUUGUCAAAACCAUGCUAAUGGACUAUAAACUUUGCGAUAUUAUAAGUUGCACGAUUCAACCUUACACUGACUCCUAUACCUACACAUUGGGAUACCUUUUAACGUGGAACAUUAUUUUGGAACUCUGCACUUCAGCCCACGGUGAUUUGCGCUACCAAUAUGCGGAAAUUCUCAAGAAGAAUUAUUUCUUUUCCCUAAUGGAGAGUAUUUUUAAAUUGAUGCCUGUUGAGAUUCUGCAGGACUCGAAGGUGAAAUCGCCCAAGCUUUUUGAAAUUUUCACCACGAAGCCGUCUUUGGAAUUUUCGGAAAGCUGGACAGAAUGGAGAUUGGAUCACAUUGCAUGCUGGUUGUAUACAAAUUGUCUGAGGUGUCUUCCGGUUUUGGUGAGACAAUGGUGGAAUGCGACUGACAGUCGGGUGAGGGCUGCGAUUGAUAAAAUAACCACAAUGUACGUAAGUUCGAUGCUGUGCCAAGAAGAAUUACAAAGUAGUAAAUUCGUCAAUAUUGAGAAUAUGCAGGUGAAAGUUCUACCAACCGCUAGGGAAGUAAUUGCUCUUUAUCAAAUGGAUGAAACGAAAUUAGAAUUAAGCAUUGUCUUGCCCACUAAUCAUCCACUCAGUUCAGUGACAAUCACUCCUUGUCAAUAUGUUGGAGGAACGGUAAAUUGGAGAAAUUGUCAUAUGCAAUUAUCGAUUCUUCUUACACAUCAGAAUGGCAGUCUUUGGGAUGGACUAAUGUUGUGGAAAACGAAUCUUGACAAAAGAUUUGCGGGAAUUGAAGAAUGUUGUAUUUGUUUUAGUGUUUUUCACAUUAGCACGUAUCAAAUUCCAAAGUCAUCUUGUCACACAUGUAGAAAGAAAUUCCACACAAAUUGUUUGUACAAAUGGUUCAAUACGAGUCAAAAGUCAUCGUGUCCUAUUUGCCGAAAUGUAUUUUAAUUUUUCCAAAUUGUAAAAUAGUUUUCUAUAGAUUAAUAAUAUUUGAUAAAAGUUUUAAAACUUCCUUUUCUUGAACAUUUCGCGAUACUGAACUUUUGUAUUACUAGUUAUGAAAAUAAAUUAUUCAAUUAAAA